AUGAAACAACAUUGCAGAUCAAGCGUAAUCAUUUAUCUUCACCAUUCUAUUUUCAUUAAGAUGAAAGUGCUACUGCUUUUCGCGGCUUUCGGCCUGAUAUCCUGUGAGCCUGAGGACUCGUAUUGUUGUAAACCUGGUCAGGGGGUUAUGGCAGAUAAUGAAAACCUUUGCGUAGACACGGCCAACAAUGUAACGUUUCCAACUAAACUUUCCUGUGACGUCGUGUAUCAUUUUAAUCAAUCGGAAUACAAAUUUUUAGUGACUGAUGAUGGAAGACUGAUUAUGUUGUUCGCGUUAGAAGCACAAGUGGAAGCCGAUCAAUUUUGUAUAGCUAACCGAACGCUGAACUCCAAUGAGAGAUCCGCAGUGGUGUGCGACGAGGUAGAAGAGGUAAUUUUUGACCAACGGAUCCUCGGGUACUGUAUGCUGGUGUCGGCCGUGUUCUUGACCCUGACUGCGAUAGUUUACUGUGCGCUCCCUGAAAUGAGGGAUUUACAAGGGAAGAGCAUAAUAAAUUUUUGCGGAAGUUUAGCGCUUGGACUGAGCAUACUGGGCGUAGUGACAUUGAAUCUUCCCUUCUCUGAUAUGGGAUUAUGUGCUGCACGAGGUUUCUUCAUUUACUUCUUUAUAAUUGCAAGCUUCUUUUGGACGAACGCCAUAUCAAUACAGAUUCUCAUAAAUUUAAGACGUCCAACUAUCUGUGACUACGGUUGGAAGGCUUUCAUCUGGUACGCACUGUACGCUUGGGGGUGCCCAACAGUUUUGACAGUCGCAAUGGCUAUUAUCAAUUUUCUCCCAGGCUACCAUCGCAAGCCUGGCAUAGGAUUGAACACAUGCUGGUUUUAUAACAUGCGAGUACAGUGGCACUAUAUGUACAGCGUGAUGGCGAUCCUGAUCUUUACCAACAUCUGUAUAUUUUUUUACAUUUCGUUUCACCUCUGGAGGCUUUCGUUUGCAUCUUCCCAUAUGAGGGCGCUUAAAUAUAAAUUCGUUAUGACAGUUCGAAUGAUUAUAAUUAUGGGAUUGCCGUGGAUAUUUGAAAUGAUCAGUUCGUUAUGCAAACCUAGUAUUAUUUGGGCCAUUAUAGACGCAUUUAAUGUGUUACAAGGAUUUUUAAUAUUUAUGCUGCUCGUCGCGUUUCGGAAACGCGUGUUAAAAGCAAUGUUCAAGAGGGGCUGGCUGAACUGCAUAUCCGGUACCGUCGAACGCCACCUAGCAGUCGGUGAUGAUGAAGAAGAAGUGGUGAAUCACACUAUUGAAGUAGGCCUGCACGAGAGGCUCACAAAAUAAGUUAUCUGAAUGCCAAGUCUGAUUUUCUACCUACGUUUAUUUAUUCGAGCGCGUGAAAGUUUGGUAUCGAAGAAGCUCCAUCUAGUGACAGACUGGGAAACCGAACUGUCACUAGAUAGCGCUUUUUCGAUGCCAAAUAAAUCGUAAUUACCCUUCACGCGAUCGAAUAAAUAAAUAUAGUUUGAAAAUCUCACACUUGGCACUCUGAUAAAUCGUUUUCACUAUGUUAAUCCGUAUUUGUAAAAAUACGUACGUACAAAUAUAUUACUAUUGUAAUAUAUUUGUACUAGUUUGUAACUAAGGUAAAUAGAUCCAAUUUGAAGGCUGCACACUCAAAUUCUGGUCGAAUAAAGUAUCAAAACGAUCAUUAAUGAUCAUUACUGAAGCUGAACCAGGUAACAACUAUAAAAGUUUAUAAAAGAAUAUUUUUGAGAGAGCAGAUCAAUGAUGCCGGUAAUCAAAAUAAAAUUUUAAAGUCUAAAACCGGCAAAAUAAAUAAAAAAUUGCCAAUUAGUAUGGAGGUACCUACCAAUCCACUUAUCGUGUUUAUAAAGCUCGGACAUCCAGUUUCAGUUAUUUACAUUUAUAGCGCACCUAUCGACGUACUCUUACGGUCUGCAAGGUAAAUAAAAAAAGUAUUUUCGUAUAAACCGGCACACCUAUUUCCGUGUAACGGUGUUUACGUCUGACCGCUGAUACACAUAUUUAUCUAUAGGAAACUUAACUACUUAUUUGCGAUAUUUUCGGAAUCACACGCUAUUCGACUUUCAAGGUGUGGAGUAGAUAAUGUUGAAUGCCGUAUUAUUAUGACUCACAAGCCACAAUAAUCCCGUGUCUCAUUGACCAUUAUUCGUUUAAUAAGUACCUAUCUAUGGUAAUAAUUAAAUGGCUUAUUUGCUUAAUUAUUAGUUAUUCAUAUUAGUGAUUCGUCUCAAACUAAGACCGUGCGUUGCAAGGCAAACACUGCUUUAUCAAAUGAUGCUAGUAUUAGUGCAAUGUGGAACUUUUAUAAUAAUGUAACUUAUACCACCUUCAGGGCUAACACAGCACGACUAGCAUGGGCAGGAGACAAUUAUAUCCCCGGGGAACUAUAUAAAUU